AUGGAUGUCACAGCUGGAACCAGAGUGGUGCUGCUGGCCUGUGGCUCUUUCAACCCCAUCACCAACAUGCACUUGAGGAUGUUUGAACUGGCACGGGACCAUCUAGAAGAGUCAGGUUACCAAGUGGUGAAAGGAAUCAUAUCACCUGUUGGGGAUGGUUACAAAAAGAAAGGUUUAAUUGAGGUGAGACAUCGGCUGGAGAUGGCCCGACUAGCCUCAGAAAACUCCUGGAUCACAGUGGACUCUUGGGAGGGCCUACAAACAGAGUGGCUUGAGACUGCUAAAGUUGUACGACAUUACUACAAUGAACUCGUUGCAUCUGACAAGAACAAUGACGAAGUGGACACUGUGAAAUAUGGAAAAAAGAGACGCAUUGAGGACAACUAUAACGCACCUUCACCUUCUCAAAACAGAGAUGGAACCCGCCUGAUGUUGCUGUGUGGUGCGGAUGUUCUUGAGUCUUUUGGUGUUCCAAACCUGUGGAAGCAUGAGGACAUUGAAGAAAUAGUUUGCUUAGGCUUAGUUUGCAUCACUCGUACUGGUAGUGAACCGCUUAAGUUCAUCCAUCAGUCGGACAUACUCUGGAAGCACCGCAAGAACAUUCAUAUUGUUCAGGAAUGGGUUACAAAUGAGAUCUCAGCCACUCACAUCCGCCGGGCACUUCGUCGAGGACGCAGUGUCCGCUACCUGCUGCCCGACGCCGUGUUGAACUAUGUCCAUGAACACAAACUCUACAGUGAAGAGAGUGAGCAGAAGAAUACUGGAGUAGUCCUUGCACCUCUUCAGAGAUACACUGGUGCCUCCUCAAGCUAA